AUGAGUUUUCUUAUUGUUGUGUUUUUUUCUAUGUUAUGGUGUUCGACCCUAGCGACCCUAUACAUCAGACCUUGUGAACAACAUUCGAGAACCAUCUGUCGGGUGCACCAACUAAGUAUUAUACCGUGUAAUAGUGACACUAAAUGUUUCGUGAAAACGGGGCGUAAUGUUUCAAUUGCCAUCGAUUUCACACCCUACUUCAAUGCACAGAACUUGAAGACUGGCCUGUUCUGGAAUAUAGGAGCGAACGAGUGGCCUCUUAAACUCCUCAAAUCAGACGACGCAUGCACUUUUACCACAUGUCCCAUGGAAGCUGGCAAAAUCCAGAAGUUCGCUUACAACACGACCAGCUCAUACUUAAUUAAAGUACUACCCCGAAGUACCUACAGGAUCAGAUGGAAGAUAUGGAACAAGGAGAACAACACACAAGUGUGCUGCUUCCAGACGAAUCUCUUUAAAAAAAGACAUCGGUUAGAACUACACCAGAAGUAUGUUUAUAAAAAACAAACUAAAUAUUUCUAA